AAUAAGAAGCAAGCAUUAGCAUUCGAGAAGUCACACAUGGAAUUUGAACCUAGUAAACAGUGUCAUCUGAGACAACUCCAGCAACUCAAGAAAAAGUUGCUGGCCCUUCAGCAAGAACUGGAGUUCCGCACGGAAGAGUUACAGACCUCUUACUGUUCCCUCCUGCAGUAUGAGUCCGUCCUGGAGAAGCAGACUUCCGACCUGGUUAUUCUCCACCAUCACUGCAAAAUGAAAGAAGAUGAGGUGAUUCUCUAUGAGGAAGAAAUGGGAAAUCAUAAUGAGGACACAGGGGAAAAGCUCCAUCUGGCACAGGAGCAACUCGCCUUAGCUGGGGACAAGAUCGUCUCCCUAGAAAGGAGCUUAAACCUCUACAGGGAUAAAUACCAGACUUCCCUGAGCAACAUCGAGUUACUGGAGUGCCAAGUAAAGAUGUUGGAGGGGGAGCUCAGCGGGAUCGUCGGUCAGGAGCCCGAGAACAAGGGUGAUCAUUCAAAAGUGCGUAUAUACACUUCUCCUUGCAUGAUUCAAGAGCAUCAGGAGACCCUGAAACGACUAUCUGAAGUCUGGCAAAAGGUCUCUGAGCAGGAUGAUCUAAUACAGGAACUUCGAAAUAAGCUAGCCUGCAGUAAUGCUUUGGUUCUGGAGCGUGAAGAGGCUUUGAUAAAAUUACAAGCAGACUUUGCUUCCUAUACAGCCACCCACCGACAUCCCCCUAGCUCCUCAGAAGACUGUGAAGACAUCAAAAAGAUACUGAAGCACUUGCAAGAGCAGAAAGACAGCCAGUGCCUGCACGUAGAGGAGUACCAGAACCUCGUGAAGGAUUUGCGCAUGGAGCUAGAAGCAGUGUCAGAACAGAAGAAGAACAUCAUGAAGGACAUGAUGAAGCUGGAGCUGGACCUGCACGGGCUGCGUGAGGAGACUUCCGCCCACUUGGAGAGGAAGGAGAAGGAGGUCACCAUCCUGCAACGGCGGCUGCAGGAGCUGCAGAUGCAGUUCACUGAGACCCAAAAGCUUGGUUUGAAGAAAGACAAGCUCCUCCAAGAGAAAGACGAAAUGCUGCAUGAGCUGGAGAAGGAACUGGCACAGGUUCAGAACAGCCUUGUAAAAAAGGAGAUGGAGCUAGAGAAACAGCAACGCAUGACAAAUGAACUCGAAAUCGCCAUCCAGGAGGCGAGGCAGGAUAAGUGCAUGGCGGAGUGUGGGCCGCUGCGAGCUGAGAUUCAGAAGCUGAAGGACAGUCUGGAAGAUGCCAAACAUCAGCAGAAGCUGGCUGCUCAGCAAGCAGCCCAAUAUAAAGAAGAGGCCCUUCUGGCAAAGAAUAACCUGGAGGAUACACAGAGGAAACUGCAAAGCUGCCUUAGCCUGGAGAAGCAGAAGACAGAGACCAUCCAGGAACUCCAGAGAGAACUUCAGAAGCUGCAGAAGGAUUCCUUGAUGGCUGGAGAGGAACUCGCACCCAGCAGGAAACGGAUAGAAGAGCUGACAUCAGAACUCUAUGAGGCCUUGAGGAAGGUUGAAAACUCAGAAAAGGAAAAGAAGCAGCUUCAGAAGACAGUGGCUGAGCAGGAUAUAAAACUGAAUGACCUACUAGAUCGUAUAAAUCUCAUUCAACACCAGAACAGGGAACAAGCUGCCUCCAAAAUCAAUCUAGAAGAACAGCUUCAGGAGAUAACCAGGUUGCUGGAGGAGAAACGGGAGCAGCUGAAAAAGAGCAAAGAACAGGAGGUUUUACUGGAGCAAGAGCUUGAGACAUUUCGACAGGAAGAAAAAAAGAAAGAAAAGAUGUCAAAGGAGAAUCUGAGAAAGCUGGAGGAGGAAAAUGAGAAUCUCAAAUCACAGUUACAUCAACGUUCUACACACCUGGAUUCCGCUCUCAGCAAACAAACCACCACCCAGCAAAUCAACCAAGAGCUAAAUAAUAAGAUAGCUUCUCAGAAGGAGACCUUAGAGAGUCUGCAGAGUCAGCUGGACAAGGCUGUGCAGAAAGAGAAGCAAUGCUACCAGACCAUGGUCAGUAAAGACGUCUAUGAGGAGUUAUCCCGGAAGUCCGCCGCCUGCCAAGAUGACCUAACGCAAGCCCUGGAGAAGCUCAAUCAUGCGACCUCAGAGACAAAGAGUCUGCACCGAAGCUUGGCACAGGCUCAAGACAGGAAAAUGCAGCUGGAAGAGGAAAUCAUUGCUUAUGAGGAGAGGAUGAAAAAGCUCAACAUGGAAUUAAAAAAACUGCAGGGCUUCCAGCAGCAGAGUGAGCUAGAGGUGCAGGCCUUCGACAAGAAGCUGGAGGAUAUGAGCAACCAGGUAUUGCAGUGGCAGAAGCAGCACCAGAGCGACCUCAAGAUGCUAGCCGCUAAAGAGGAGCAGCUCAGGGCGUUCCAGGAGGAAAUGUGUGCCUUGAAAGAGAACCUCCUUGCGGAUGAGAAGGAGCCCUGUUGCCUGCCCCAGCGGUCUGUGCCCAAAGACAACUGUAGGCUACACCGAGAGAAUGAUCAGAUUAUGUGCAACAUGGAGCAGUGGGCAAAAGAGCAGAAGAUCGCCAAUGAGAAACUAGGAAACAAGCUACGUGAACAGGUCAAAUAUAUUGCCAAGCUGACUGGUGAAAAGGACCACCUCCACAAUGUAAUGGUCCACCUGCAGCAGGAGAACAAGAAACUGAAGAAUGAAAUAGAGGAGAAGAAGCUGAAAGCCGGGUCCUCAAGAGUGCACACCAAAGCUCUGUGCCCGAGCAAAACAGACUCCACGUCAAGGGGGAAAGUGUAUGGCACCUUGGGCUGGAGGGGGAUAACCCAGGAUGUGAGCCAAAGAAUGGACAUCACCAAGUUUUUUGGGGUACCCCACUGCUCAGGACAGGUAGACACCUUCUCCUAGUCCUUCUACCCAGGGCUGAAAUCAGAAGCCUUCGCAGGCAAGCAGCCGGAAGCCCUCUCUUCACUCCAGAGCCGUGAAGUCACUUUCUACCUGCAUUCCCAAUAAAGGCGAUUAGAGAGAGGGUCUACUCCCCUCUCUCGACCUUUCUGGAGCCCAUUUCCCUCCCAGGCCUCUGGGAAGAGAGGAGCUG